AUGUUGCUGAGCUGCCCAGCCUGCGGUGGUGUCCGCAAUGUGUCCGAGGAACGUGGCGGAGGAAUAAAAUACCGUGAGGAAAGAAAGGAAAAAAACGUGUGGAACGAGCAAGGGGUCCCCAAACCUGGAGUCCCGGGCGGAUUCCGACUUCGAUUUCUCGCCGUUGCGCGUGAGUCUGCGGUGGUGACCCCCGUGUUGUUUCCCCAAGCACUCUUGCACAGUGGCUGCCCUGUCAUUGAGACCAGGCCAGCGCGAUAUGAGGGCCGAUUAAGUCGCAUCGAGCCUUCAACCUCCGGGUAUCGUGGGAUCGCGCGAGCGGAGUAUGCAAGAGUCGUUGCCAACGCGCGUCAAGGCGCUUGCGACAUUGAAGGCAACGGCCAGUCCACCAGUCAACAACAAUUCUGCGCCUUUCUGCUGCAAGAUCAACCAUGCCGUUUAUGGCGCUGUGAAAAGAUGAAUGAGGCGCCAGUACAUAUGGAGGAUAUCGUAUCGGCUGCCAAGAAGUGGUAUGUGACCCCUCUGCGGCCCGACCACCUCUUGGUGUACCACAUCUCAACGACUUCUGUCUCGUCUUCAUCUCCAUCCGGAAUACUUGAUCGGUCGGCCAGAUCUGGAGUUCGGCUCGUCGACUUUUCUUUGUGCGACAGGAAUGUCGUGAUCAUCAGGGACGAGGCCGAACGGGUCACCAGGCACUGCCGCGGCUUAAUCGGGAACAAUGUUCCAGACUGCCAAUACCGUAUUAUCAAUGCGCAAAGUCAAAAGGCUCUUGCUGUUUCGGAAUCGGCCACAACUCCAUCUGCCUACAAGCAACUUAAACAUAAGUCACGGCUCCAAGUAGGUAGUGUACCAUCUGCAUGGUUCCGGGCCAAAGUCGAACUCAACGUCUCGACAUUCAACCCCGCCAGCGUGGACAAUGCAAUCACAUUCACAUUCGCCGCAUUUCGCAACGCCAGCGGCAGCUCGAUCAACGGCUCUGCCGACUCCGCUUGCUUUGGCAGAUAA